AUGUAUGCGUACGUGAUGUGUGUGUGUACAUGCACUUAUGUAUGUAUGGUGUGCGUGUAUGGUAUGUGUGUAUAUGUUGUGCAUAUGUAUUUGGUGCAUAUAUGCAUAUGUGGAGUGUGUGUGUGUGCACUUAUGUAUAUGUUUUGUGCUUGUAUGAUGUGCGUGUAUGUUGUGCAUGUGUGUGUAUGUGGUGUUUGUAUUGCGUAUACGUGUGUGCUCUUAUGCAUAUAUGGUGUUGUGUGCGUGUGCGGUGUAUGGUUUAUGUGUUGUAAUUAUGUGCAUAUAUGUGAAAAUGCAUGCAUGUGUGUGCUUGUGUGUAUGUAUGUAUGCAUUCUCGAUUUUGAUGGUUUCCGUUGUUUGACGGUACUUAUGAAGAGUGGUGAAUAUGAGAGAAAGGCGGAUAAAGAUUUUUUUUUUGCAAAAUCAUUGAUUGUAUUUAAUAUUUUGAUAACAAUUUAUGGUUUUUGGUUAAUAAAAAGUGGGUUGGCUGGCUCAUGCCUGGCAGGUUCUGGCUCAUGGCUGGCAGGUUCUGGCUCAUGGUUAGAUGUUUCUGGCUCAUGGCUGGCAGUAGAAAGGCAAGAAUGUUGA